UCGAACUCUCAUUGACUAAUCAUGUACCAACACGUGUCUUUCGAUCGCCAUCUCAUAAAUCUAACUCCUAGGAUUAUAAAUUUGCCUCAACUCCCAAACGUCCUUUUCAUUCAAUCCAAAUAUCCAAUCACAAAAAUUCUAGGAUUCAUCUCAUGCAACGGUCGUGCCACUAAGCAAUACAACACUCUCAAAUUUAUCGCAUACAACGGUUGCACCAGUAGAUAAUACUACCCUCUCAAAUUUAUCGCAUACAACGGUUGCACCAGUAGAUAAUACUACCCUCUCAAAUUUAUCGCAUACAUCGAUUGUGCCACUAAGCAAUACAAACCUCUCAAAUGAUAUAUAACUCGAAUGAGUCUACUCGCCGGACAUUGUAUUUUCCGGCAGUGAAACCAUGCGAAUCAAUUUCCCAAACUACCCUUGUCAACUCUUUACUUUCUCUAUCCAAAAAAAUCUCCAACUAUAAACCUCCUCAUUUUACCUUCACCUCCAACAAGCGAAAUGUCAAGAAGGCCCUUCGCUUGAUCCAAGUUCUUCAGCUUUUCUUACAAGGGGUAAGAGAUGCUGGAGGUUUUGAUAUGAUGGGCAAUUUAGUCAAUUCGCCUCUUUUAGACCUCCACGUGGCUCUUCAGAAGCUUGAGUUUGUGUUGCAAGACUGCACGCGCCAAGACGCGCGUGUGUGGAUGCUCAUGAAGUCAAACUCUGUGGGGCGGCACUUUCGGGUUGUUUUCGAGGCAGUGGCUGCUUCCUUGGAUGAUCUCCCCUUGGACGUUGUUGGUGCUUGUGAUGAUGAGGUGAAGGAGUUGGGGUUGUUUUUGAUCCAGAAAGUUAAGCAGGCCCAUUUUGAGGCCCAAAGAGAGGAUGUUUGGGCUUCGAAUCUGGUAAAAUCGGCUUUGUACCGGUUUGAGGGUCGGGUCAUACCCGACCCGAGUGAGUUUAGGUGGGUUUUGGAUUACUUGGGAAUCAAGAAGUGGGCAGAGUGUAAUGACCAAGUCAAGUUUCUUGAAGAGGAAAUCGGAUUUGGGUCGGGGCCCGCUGCUAGGUUGAUGGGUCUCAUGGUGUAUUGCCGUUGUGUGUUCUUUUAUCACAUUGAUGGUGAUGCUAGAAGAGUUGAGGAUGCAAAAUUUGACUACAAUAUAGGUUGCUUGAACCCGGAUGAUCUCAAGUGCCCAAUAUCACUAGAGAUCAUGGAGGAUCCGGUGACGAUCUCAACGGGUCAAACUUAUGAUAGAGUCAACAUUGUGAAGUGGUUCAAAGCAAGCAACCCGGUUUGCCCGAAAACGGGUCAAAGGGUUCAAAACUUAGAUUUGGUGCCUAACUUGGCUCUUAAGGAGAUCAUCAAGAAAUAUUGUUUAGAAAAUGGGGAAACUUUCCCCAUUCCUAAAGAUAAGGGUGCUAGCAAGAAGAGUAGCGAAAGUGACAUGGCGGUUUUAGCUAUCGAGGAAGCUACUAAAAUGGUGGCUGAUUUUUUGUCACUUAAGCUAGCAAUGGGAACAAUAGGAGAGAAAAGUAAGGCAGCCUAUGAGAUUAGACUACUUACUAAAAGGAGUGUAUUCAAUAGGGCUUGCUUCAUGGAAUCUGGGGCAAUUUCAUACUUGUUGAAUCUUCUAUUAUCUAAAGAUUCAACUGCCCAAGAGAAUUCCAUGGGAGCCUUGUUGAAUCUCUCUAAGCACCCUGAAAUCAAGCCCGUCAUUGUUAACAAUGGGGGCUUGAUUUUGGUCGUUAGGGUGCUUAAGAAUGGGAUUAAGAUGGAGGCAAGGCAACACGCCGCUGCCACCUUGUUUUAUCUAUCCUCAGUAGAAGAAUACCGAGGAUUGAUUGGAAACAACCCGGAUGCAAUUCCUUCUUUAGCGGAAUUGAUCCGGAUUGGUGGUGAUCAAGGCAGGAAAAAUGCCUUAGUCUCCAUCUUUAGUCUCCUAAUGCUCCCUAGCAACCAUAACAAGGUGCUCGAGGCUAAACUUGUCCCUCUUCUCGUGAGCCUCGUAGGCUCUAUGGAAAUUAGCGAUAAUCUUAUAGUUGAUUUCUUGGCAGUGCUUACAUCUUUGGCUGAAAAGCCCCAUGGAGCUAGGGCAAUAUUUCGCGCUAAGGCCUUAGAUGUUGUCAUAAGGUUAAUGUGCUCACCUUAUUCCGAUUCUUCCAGACUUGGAAAGGAGAAUUGUGUAUCACUGUUGCUUGCAAUGUGUAUAAAUUGUGGAAGAGAAGUGGUCGAAAUUUUAGUGAUGAACACGUCUCUAAUGGGAGCUUUGUACUCCCUUUACGCCGGGGGAACUUCAAGGGUUAGCAAGAAGAUCAGCUCGCUCAUCAGCAUUCUACACGAGUUCUCAGAAAGAAGCACAACUCGCUCCAUGCCUCGUGCUUUAUCACACGAAAAUUUUAUUCAUGUGUGGUAAACUAAGAGCCUGAUGCAUACAGAUUCUUCAUUUUAAUUUGUAGAUAUAUACAUACCAUUUGAUGAUAUUGUAAAUCAUAUGUUAAGAGAUUAGCUCAAAUUUUUGAGAGCUAAUCCCAGUGUAUGAGUUUCCAUCUUUUUCGUGAAGCUCAUUUUAUAGUUUCCAUAGCAUACAUACACAUUUAUCAGCAAUUGAUGUAAUGUAAAUUGUAAUUGUUUUGACUACAUUUAUAUACAAGUGAAAGUCUUUUCU